AACAUUCAAUUAAAUAUUUUAAUUAACUUGUAAAAAAUUUAAGUCAUUAGUGUGUUUUUUUAAAAAAGUUGGCUACACUUUAGUUUCCGGCUGGCCGACAAAAUUUCCAUUUCGACUCAACUUUAAAAUGACUGAGUUGACUCCACAAUUAAACGGAAAUGUCAUCCACCGUAUCUCCACCUUUCUCCCGGUCCCCGACCUCUUAUCCUGCCGCUUGGUAGACACCCUCUGGAAUUCCGGGGUCUUACCCGAAUUUCGGAAACGGACCACCCUCCACCUCACCUGUCCCCCUCCCCCGGAGGAAUUCUCCCGCCAUCAAAAUUUCACUGAAACCAUGCCCUUCUACCCGUUGCACAACGUCGCGAUCAAAUUUGGUUCGGAUUCGGAGAAUAAAAACCCGCCUCAAAAUAUUAACUACUCCGUAUUCACGAAAACCCUCCAAUUCCGUCGCCUCACUCUAAAUCCGAUCCGAAUCGGGAGACAAGCCGAGCUGGAUGUACUGCUGGGAAUCCUAUCCAGUUCAAUCGACAUUUUAGAAGAGUUGUCCCUGGAUUUUGAUACCGUCAAAGUUUCCAUGGAGACAUCGUCAUGGAAUUAUUGGAGUCACAAGUUUCCCAAAGUGACACGUCUUACCCUCUCCAGACGGAACCGGGCGGAAUGUGAGCAUAAAACCGUAAUUUUUGGACGGGCCCCGAUUUAUUGCAAAUUUUCAGAAUUAUUUAUUUAAUCAAACAAACACAAUAAUCGGUGGCUUGUAUUUUAUACAGUUUUAUAAAUAAAUUUUAUGCAACAGUA